AUGAAAAACUCGGUGGACUAUGUGAAGGCAAUCGAGGGUGGCGUUCAACCCUCUCAGGUGACUACGUUCUCUGCGAAACGGAAGCUACUUAUAAACUCGAUCAAUCCGUUGGAAUUUGUACUUGUUAUCUCUUGUUCAGUGUUAAUAAAUUUUCUGGAAAUCAAACAAGCUUUGGUACUCUAUUUGUGAAUUUUGGAGAUAUUUAAAUAUUCACACACACACACACACAUAUAUCUUGAUAUAUCAGUAUUGAUCAGAGAUGUAGGAUCGAUAAAUAUCAAUAUACAGAGAGACGUAGGGAUCGAGAAAUUACGAUGAGGGUUAGACGUUAGGGGAUUUAAUUUCCCUAGUAUGCUAAUUACAAGUGCAAAUAUACAUACUUGUAGGUACUCGAGAGCUUAGGUUUAAUGGAUCUUAAGCGCAAAGAAAUUUAGGUCACCGGUACUCUGAGGUACUUGAGAGUUCAAAGGAGUACUGGGUAUAGAGAAAUUUAAAUGAUGACACUUGAAAAUUUAGAUUUCACUGAUUUUCGGUGUAAAGCUCAAAAGACUCUGACUUUUAACCGGCAAAGAAAGUUCGGAUCAAAGCGACCUGUCUUUCUCUUUGUCGGUAUCUUUGACUUAUAACAAAGCGAUCUUUCUUUCGCAGGUCAUUGAAACGCAGGUGUACAAACGACGAUGGCUGAUCCUAAUGAUCUUCGUGCUAUAUAGCGCCAGUAAUGCGAUGCAAUGGAUCCAAUACAGCAUCAUCGCGAACAUCAUAACGGCCUAUUACAACGUGUCCAAUUUUUUGGUGGACAUGACCAGCAUGAUUUACAUGAUAACUUACAUUCCAUUUAUCUUUCCAGCGAGUUAUCUGCUCGACAGAUUCGGGCUGAGGUUCGCUGCCUUGGCAGGGGCGAUCGGGACGACGUUCGGAUCUUGGAUAAAAGUGUUCAGCGUAAGCCCAGAUCGAUUCUGGAUCACUUUCCUCGGCCAAUCGUUGGUUGCUCUAAGUCAAACGUUCAUCCUAUCGGUACCAGCUCGUCUGGCAGCUGUUUGGUUUGGUCCGGACCAGGUCAGCAGCGCGUGCAGCAUCGGCGUUUUUGGAAAUCAGGUCAGUCUCCGCCGUUCCGUUCGGUCGAAAAUUCCCCUCCCCUCGGAGCUUUCAAUCAGCUGUCUGCAUUGUGCAUUUCGUAAGAUUAAAACUGGAUGGACACGCGUAUUGAGAUGGAAGGAAAGCGAAUCAAUGUUAAAAGGAAGAUGAAAAGUGUGUAAAUGCGUUCUAGUUCCCGUACUUUCAUGUUCCAGGUUUGUUUCGAUAUUUUAAGAAGAAUUUUCGAAAUUGAAUAAUCUCCGUGGCUCUUCUCGCAUCCUAAACCUAACCCAAAAUGAACGAAAUUAAAUUCUAAAAGCUUUGAUCAAACUAUCUCUUUCUCUCUUCGUAAUUCGAGUCCUUUCUCCGUAACUCGAUUCCAAGUCACUCACUUUGAAAUUGACAAUCAAUUAACUACAGUAAUUACACAUGCCUGUCGAACGUCGUCCUUUUAGAUUCCUUCUCCUUACUUCAUCCAUUUCAAGGCACUUACUUACGUCUUCACCUACGAAAGACGUCCCCCCAAACAUCGUAUCAGGCUAUUGUCUCAAUUACCGUCUCAAAGGUCAACGUCCAUCAAUUGACGGACGUGAUUCCUGCAUUUUCAGUCCGACCGACUGAACUAACAGAGUCGCGUCAUCAAAUACACGCGAUUUCCAUCAAUGAGCACCACGAGUAAAUGAGUCUGUCUCUGGCCCCGUGGAGGUUGUUAACUACUGGUAAAUGGAGCUCGAGUGCACACUACCUGCGCUGUGGUAAAACUCUAUUUCGAGGGACAGGGUCGUUGAAGAGUUAAGCAGUGAUUAGAUGGGAAACAGAGUCGGACCGUGCACCCACGUUUCAUUUCGCGGCGGCGAACAGGGGAACCCGGGCCCCAUCCGUGGAAUUAAACGACACCAGAUUUCAACGAUCUGCACCCCUUUCCCGGGGUAAUAUAAUCUAUUCAAGGUGCACUGUCGGACAGACUAUUUUUUAUUACGACAAAGGUUCUUACUCUUCUGAGAGGAUGUUUUUACUCUUUCUCUGUAGGUAUGAUUUUUAUUCACGACAUGUAAAAAGACUCAAAGUAUCAAAGAUAAAGUACCGGUUCUCAUGUUCGGAGAGUGAAUUGGAUUUAUUAUUAUUACACAUUUCUUCCUCUGUAGGCGUAAUUUUUAUUUACGAUACAUAAAAAGUGUCAAAAGUGGACUUAUUUCGUUUAGAUUCCGAUCCCAUUGUAAUUAAUCAUAUCGACGAUCAAAAGAGUAGAAAUUAUAAUUUUUGUAAGGAGCAAGAGAAUUUUUGAUUUCUGUGACGAAACUUUUAUUGGAAUGCUAUUUGCAGAGUGUAGAGUUAAUAAAGCAGUACACGAUAGCUAUCGUGAAAUUGAUAUAA